CACUCCGGUAAGAGAGUUAUUUUAUCUCUCCCAAAUCCAAACGAAAUCUCUUUCUCUCUCAAUCGCUGUUGCUGAAAAAAUGGAGAAGUCGAGAAGUGUCUUGAUCUUGUGCGGUGACUACAUGGAAGACUACGAGGUGAUGGUCCCGUUCCAAGCUUUGCAAGCUUUCGGAGUCUCCGUCCACACCGUCUGCCCCGGUAAGAAAGCUGGUGACUCUUGCCCCACCGCCGUUCACGAUUUCUGUGGCCACCAGACCUAUUCUGAGUCACGAGGUCACAAUUUCACGCUCAAUGCAACAUUCGAUGAAGUUGACCUUAGCAAGUAUGAUGGAUUGGUUAUACCAGGAGGACGUGCUCCAGAAUACCUGGCAUUGACUCCAUCUGUUGUUGAGUUGGUUAAAGAUUUUUCAGGCUCUGGCAAGCCCAUUGCCUCUAUUUGCCAUGGGCAGUUGAUAUUGGCAGCUGCAGACAUGGUUAAUGGUCGAAAGUGCACAGCUUAUGCAACUGUUGGACCUGCUCUUACUGCUGCAGGGGCCAAGUGGGUCGAACCAGUAACCCCGGAUGUUUGUGUUGUUGAUGGUAGUUUGAUUACUGCUGCUACAUAUGAGGGUCAUCCUGUAUUUAUUCAGCUUUUUGUCAAGGCUCUGGGCGGUCAAAUAACUGGAGCUAAUAAAAGAAUCUUGUUUCUCUGUGGGGAUUAUAUGGAAGACUAUGAAGUCAAAGUCCCUUUCCAGUCCCUUCAAGCGUUGGGAUGUCAAGUUGAUGCGGUUUGCCCAGAGAAGAAUGCUGGUGAUCGCUGCCCAACUGCAAUCCAUGACUUUGAGGGUGACCAAACAUACAGUGAGAAACCAGGCCACACUUUUGCUGUAACUACUAACUUUGAUGGCUUAGUUUCCUCGAGUUACGAUGCUUUGGUCAUUCCUGGAGGCAGAGCACCAGAAUAUCUAGCCUUGAACGAACAUGUCCUUAACAUAGUUAUNAAUUUUUCAGGCUCUGGCAAGCCCAUUGCCUCUAUUUGCCAUGGGCAGUUGAUAUUGGCAGCUGCAGACAUGGUUAAUGGUCGAAAGUGCACAGCUUAUGCAACUGUUGGACCUGCUCUUACUGCUGCAGGGGCCAAGUGGGUCGAACCAGUAACCCCGGAUGUUUGUGUUGUUGAUGGUAGUUUGAUUACUGCUGCUACAUAUGAGGGUCAUCCUGUAUUUAUUCAGCUUUUUGUCAAGGCUCUGGGCGGUCAAAUAACUGGAGCUAAUAAAAGAAUCUUGUUUCUCUGUGGGGAUUAUAUGGAAGACUAUGAAGUCAAAGUCCCUUUCCAGUCCCUUCAAGCGUUGGGAUGUCAAGUUGAUGCGGUUUGCCCAGAGAAGAAUGCUGGUGAUCGCUGCCCAACUGCAAUCCAUGACUUUGAGGGUGACCAAACAUACAGUGAGAAACCAGGCCACACUUUUGCUGUAACUACUAACUUUGAUGGCUUAGUUUCCUCGAGUUACGAUGCUUUGGUCAUUCCUGGAGGCAGAGCACCAGAAUAUCUAGCCUUGAACGAACAUGUCCUUAACAUAGUUAUAGACUUCAUGAAUUCUGAGAAACCAGUUGCAUCUAUUUGUCAUGGACAACAGAUCUUAGCUGCUGCUGGUGUCCUCAAGGGAAGGAAAUGCACUGCUUAUCCAGCCGUGAAACUGAACGUGGUACUUGGAGGAGGAACUUGGCUAGAACCAGAUCCAAUCCACAGAUGCUUCACUGACGGGAAUCUGGUAACUGGGGCAGCAUGGCCUGGACACCCAGAGUUUGUGUCACAGCUAAUGGCUUUGUUGGGCAUUCAGGUUUCAUUCUAAGUUCCAUGUAAUGUAAACAUUCCCUUUCACGCGGAAUCCGUUCUACCCACUUGUUUACUAUGUUCUAAUAUGUGUAAAACUUAACGGGUAUGUUAUAUGUUUGGUGCUGCAAUCUCCCAUGUUACCAUUGUUUCUCU